UUUUUCAAAAAAAAAAAAGGAGUUCUUUUUCCCCUUAUUUUUUUUUAAUAUUUGGUUUUUUUUAUAUAUAUACAUAAAAUACUUUUAUAUUUCACAAAACACUCCUAAAUUUCAACAAAAAAAAAACUUUUUAUUUGUAAAACCUUAAAACCCGUAUUUUUUUCAAAAUGACUGGAAAAACUUUUUCUUCGAUCAAAGAAGAGCUUGAAUACUAUAAAACUUAUUCUAUGUCAAUGGAAGAAACAUUAAACGAAACACAAAAUGCUUUAGAAGAAUUUCAAAUGACAUCUAGGGAGUUAGAAGAGGAUUUAGAACGAGAACUCGAGCAAUCAGAAAAAAAAUAUAAAGAACUUAAAGCAAGAAAUGAAUCCUUAAUACGCGAUUCUGAAGAGUGGAAGCGAAAAUAUUUACAUGCACAAACUGAAGCUAAUGAGAAUCAAAGACAAAUGCAAAGAGAACUGGAUUCUCUAAGAAACUUACAGGAAGAAUUUGUGGUUAAAACACGAGACCUUGAGAUUAAUUGUGAUGAUUUAGAACGUAACGAAAGAGCCGCAACAAGUUCUUUGUUGGAUUUAGAAAAUAAAUACAAUAAAGCAAUUGAACGUAAUGUAAUUCUCGAAAAUGAAUUAGAAGGCAAGAAUAGUUUAAUUGAACAAGUACAACGUCUUAAGGACGAAUUGAAAGAUGUACAUAUUGAAUUGGCUAUAUUGAAGAACAAACAAGAUGGUGAGCUAGGACCACCGCUACCAUCUUCAGAACCUGUUUCUCCACCAAAGAAGGAAAUCUAUAAUUCACCAGCACCUCAACCAUCUCAAGUAUCUCAAGUAUCAACCACAAAUACAGGAAGACUAGAUCAAAAUUCAAAUACCGUCAAAAUGGUUCAAGAAAUGGUUGGCAGAGUAAAGAGUAUCGAAGCGCGUCUUGUUUCAUGCCGCUCACUCGUUUCUCCACUUCUCGCACCACCACCAUCAUAUUCAACAACAAUGCCACUCGCUUCACAAUCUCCCCCACCAUCACCGAAAUCGAGAGUUGAUAAUUCUUUUCGGUCAAUGAAGGGAGCUUAUCGACGCCCUUCUAUUCAAAAGUCUAAAGCUUUCUCAAUGUCAAUUAAUCAAAUGAGACCUAACGCAAUGAGUAAAGUUCAAUAACUUACCCAAUGUCGUAUCGGAUGGUGUUUGGUCCGAUUGGUGUUUGGUCCGAUGGUGUUGUGGUAGUGAAGUUGUGUGGUGAAGAAUAUAAGAACAAUCCCUCUCCUCUUUGAAGAGGGCGUCAACUUUUAACAAACGAACCAAAAAGACGAUUGAAUAAGUUGAUAACUAAUGAAUUACAAAUU